UCCUCCUUUCUCACUCAUCCGUUAAACCCUUCUCUUUCUCUCUCUCCUUCCCCCCUCAAUUUUCAGUUCAUCUCUCAGAGUUAAUUCACACAAGUUUUUCGAUUUCGAGAAUGUGCGGUGGUGCUAUAAUCGCUAAGUUCAUCCCUCGCGACCGUCGCGGUCGUGUCACCGCCUCUGACAUAUGGCCGGACUCUCCCUUCGCCAAGUUCGAUCCCGACACUUUCUUCGACUGCAAUCCCACCCCAGUUAAUCGCACCGACUCAAUUCCGCGUAAAUUACCCCAACCCAUUUCAGGUGAUGUGCAAGAAGAGAAGCCAGCUAAGAGGCAGAGGAAGAACCUGUACCGAGGCAUCAGGCAGCGCCCGUGGGGCAAAUGGGCGGCCGAGAUUCGUGAUCCCAGAAAAGGGGUUCGAGUUUGGCUUGGUACCUUCAACACCGCUGAGGAGGCGGCCCGAGCUUACGACAGGGAGGCUCGCAAAAUCCGCGGCAAAAAAGCCAAGGUCAAUUUCCCCAACGAAGACGACCACCUCCCCGCCAAGACGUAUCUGAGAAACCCAAAUCCUAAUCCGUAUCAACCCAAAAGCUUUGAUUUGGGAUUUGGGUAUGAUCUGAACCAGAUUGCGACAUUUCCCUCCAAUUCCAUGUCGAUUGAGUUUAACUCCAUGGCUAAUGUGAACACCGACCCAAUUGUUGUUUCCGGGGAAGAAAACUCUGUGUCUGGUUCAGAUGGCGCUUUCUCCUCAACGGGCUUUCUGGGUUGCAAUCAGAUCGGGAGCGGCGGUUGUCACGGCGGAGCUGAGCUGACAGAAGUGGAGGAAACUCAAGAAGGGAAACGCAGCUUGGAGUCGAUUGCAAGAAUGGAAAAGGACGAAGUGCAGAAGCUUUCCGAGGAGCUAAUGGCGUAUGAGAGCAUGAUGAAGUUCUAUCAGAUUCCGUAUCUGGAUGGGCAGUCCACGGCGGCUCCUCAGAAUCCUCCGCCUCAGGAAAGCGCCCUUGGUGAUGAUCUCUGGAGCUUCGAUGACGACGAUGACGUUCCUGCUUCCCUGUGAUUAAUGUUAUCUGCUUUUGUUAGUUUUGUUUUAAUUUUGGUGGUUGUAAAUUGAGUUGGUCAGGGGAAAUUGAUGACUUUGAUCAUUGGUUUCUUCCUGAUUAAUCUGAAUUGUAGGUGUUUUAUGUUUAAUUAGUUUGUUCUUAAUUACCCAAAGACAAUUGCAACUCUCUUUAAAUUAUUCAA